GCACAGCAAGAUGGCUGCCCUCGCCAGCUCGCUGAUCCGGCAGCGCAGGGAAGUGAAGGACCAGCAGGCCAACCGGCAGAUCUCCAACAAGCGCAAACCCUGCCCCAAGAGCAACAAAUCUCUGUGUCAGAAACAGAUCCUCAUCCUCAUCUCCAAAGUGCGACUAUGUGGCAGUCAAGGGAGAAAACUGGAGAAGAGACCAGAGCCUCAGCUGAAAGGCAUCGUCACACGUCUAUAUUGCCGGCAUGGAUUCUACCUCCAGAUGUUACCAGAUGGCACCAUGGACGGCACAAAGGACGAAAACAGCUCCUUUUUGCUGUUCAACUUGAUUCCUGUGGGUCUGAGAAUAGUCGCUAUCCAGAGCACGAAGACGGGCCUCUACGUUGCCAUGAACAGUGAGGGCUACCUCUACACUUCUGAACACUUCACGCCGGAGUGUAAGUUCAAAGAGUGUGUGUUUGAAAACUAUUACGUGACAUACUCGUCCAUCCUGUACCGACAAACGCAGUCUGGACGAGCCUGGUACAUCGGCAUCAACCGUGAUGGGCAGGUCAUGAAGGGCAACCGUGUCAAAAAGACAAAAGGAGCCGCCCACUUCCUGCCGAAACUCAUUGAAGUGGCCAUGUACAGGGAGCCUUCACUGCAUGACAUCGGUGAGCAGAGCCCACCACGGAAAACAGCCAAAACUUCAGACUCUCCUGUCAACAAUGAUGACAAGAAUGACCCAUUGCCUCCUAAAACUUGUGCAUCCUAG